UGGUCACACUGCGCGGCACAUGUGCGAGUAGUUCGUCAACAAAAUAUUAAUUUGCAAAAUAAAAUAAAUAAAAAUGGUUCGUAAACUCAAAUUUCAUGAGCAGAAGCUGCUGAAAAAGGUGGACUUCAUCACCUGGAAGGUGGACAACAGCGGCAAGGAGAACAAAAUCCUCAGGCGCUUUCACAUUCAAAAAAGGGAGGACUACACUAAGUACAACAAGUUGUCCAGGGAGAUACGGGAACUGGCAGAGAGGAUAGCCAAGCUGGAUGCUUCAGAACCUUUCAAGACGGAGGCCACCACCAUGCUCCUAAACAAGCUGCACGCCAUGGGAGUUUCCAAUGAUCAGCUAACUUUGGAAACGGCGGCCAAGAUAUCCGCCAGCCACUUUUGCCGACGUCGUCUACCCGUGAUCAUGGUGAAACUGCGAAUGUCGGAGCACCUGAAAGCGGCCACAGACCUCAUAGAGCACGGUCAUGUGCGUGUGGGUCCGGAAAUGAUAAAGGAUCCUGCUUUUCUGGUCUCCAGAAACCUCGAGGACUUUGUCACCUGGGUGGAUGGCUCCAAGAUCAAGGAGCACGUACUCCGCUACAACGACAUGCGUGACGAUUUCCAAAUGUAGAGAGACGACUACCUUUAAGAUAACCAGUAGAGUAACUAAAGCUAACUUGCAAUAAAACCAACUAAGACUUUGUUAAAUAAUCAUGUUCAAUAACUUUAUUACAUUUUAUAUAAUAAUGUUUA